AGAUCAUAGAUAACUGAUCAAACAACGAAUUACGUAUUUGUUUCUCUCCCUUCCAAAAUUGCGCCAAUGAUGAGAACUCCUCCAGCCUUUUCAUGGUUAUAUAAUUUCUUGAUGAUGAUCAAUAUAUGCUCAACAUUAAUAUUACUACCACUGCUCAGCUUGCAAGCAACAGCAGCAGCAGCAGCAGCAGCAGCAGCAGCAGGCCAAUCAUGUCUGAGCCACGAGCGAUCUUUGCUGCUCCAGUUGAACAACACCCUCACAUUCGAUCUUGAUCCGCUGCCAUGGGAUCGGAGUACGGAUUGCUGCACUUGGGACGGCGUACGCUGUCAAGAGGGACGUGUUGUUGGUCUUGAUCUCAGCAACAAAUUUAUCAGCGGUGGAUUGACGCACAACUCCAGUCUCUUCCAAUUUCAAUACCUCAAGACCCUGGAUCUCUCUCUUAACAACUUCAGCACUCCGAUGCCGUCGAGCUUUGGUAAUCUAACCAGCUUGACUCAUCUGAAUUUGGCAGACUCUGGUUUUGUUGGGCAAAUCCCGAUCGAGUUGUCGCGCCUCACAAACUUGGUUACUCUUGAUUUUACGACCACGUUGCUGAUCGUCUUUCCGCGAUCUCCUUUGCUGAAAGUUCAUCAGUCAAACUGGAGCAUGUCCUUUCAGAACCUCACAAAGCUAGAAGAACUGCAUCUUGACUUUGUAGACAUGUCUGCCGCUGGGAAGGAAUGGGGCCGAGUCUUUUCAUCCUCACUCCCAAAUCUUCGAGUGCUGACCAUGACCGGUUGUUCUCUCUCAGGCCCUAUUCAUCACUCGCUUCGGAACCUACACUCCUUGUCCUCGCUUUGCCUGGACGGCAACCCUUUGUCUUCUCCAGUCCCAAGGUUCAUUGCAAAUUUCCCACGGUUAACUUCCCUGAAACUCAGCAAUUGCGGGCUCUACGGAACAUUUCCCCAAGAGAUCUUCCAGGUACCUUCACUGGAGUACGUUGACGUAUCAUUCAAUCCAUUGCUUCAAGGUUCUUUUCCAGAAUUUCCCCAAAACAAUUCUCUUCAGUACCUAGAGCUCAGUAAUACUAGUUUUUCAGGGAGAAUCCCAACAUCCAUCAAUAAUCUUGCAAAUUUGUCCACUCUUGACCUUUCCAAAAGCCGGUUCAAUGGGUCAGUUCCAAAUUUUAUGCUCACCAAGUUGGUUUACUUGGACUUGUCCGCUAACAAAUUCACUGGUCUAAUCCCCUCAUCUCUGUUUAAAGCUGCAUCAUUGGAAAGGAUUGACCUUUCCGACAAUGAAUUUCAUGGCCAACUUCCUGACUUUCCAAACGUGUCUCCCUCCCUUCUCCAAUAUCUCUAUUUGGGUGGGAACAACCUCGAAGGGCCUAUUCCAAUGUCCAUCUUUGAACUCAAAAAUCUUUCAUAUCUAUCACUCCCUUUCAAUAAUCUCAACGGCACCAUACAACUAGAAAGCACUCUUAAGGAGCUUGUCAAACUCAUUGAGCUUGACCUUUCAUUCAACAACUUAUCUGUGGCCGUCGACGCAUACGCCGCUGCUCCUUCUUCCUUUCCAGAGGGCCUUAGCACGUUAUCUCUGGCUUCUUGUAGACUGAACGUCUUUCCAAACCUGAAGAAUCACUCAAGUUUAACUUCUUUGGAUCUUUCAAACAACCAAAUACAUGGGACGAUACCAAAUUGGGUCUGGAAUUUGGGGUUCGAGAGUUUUGGGCUUACUGUUCUGAAUCUUUCACAUAAUCAUCUAGAGGGAAUACAAGAACCUUACUCUCCUCCUAUGUAUCUCAACAUUCUUGAUCUGAAUUCUAACCAAAUCCAUGGAAAGCUACCCACUCUACCCCCAAGUGCCGACUAUAUAGAUUUUUCUAGCAAUAAUCUUCAUUCUUCCAUUCCAUUUGACAUUGGUAAAAACCUUUCUUCCAACUUUUUCCUCUCCCUUUCACACAAUGGCCUUACAGGAGUCAUACCCCAAUCAAUAUGCGAAAUGACCAGCGCUAAGUUUGUUGAUUUUUCUAGUAAUAACUUGAGUGGUAAAAUACCUGAAUGCAUGUAUACAAUGACUAGUACGUCUCUGAUAGUACUAAAUCUACGGGGGAAUCAUUUAAGUGGGGCAAUUCCGGACUCUUUUGCAGCUGGUUGUGUUUUGAGGACCCUAGAUCUCCAUGGAAAUUCAAUGGAAGGAAAAAUUCCAAAAUCAUUGGCCUAUUGCACUGGGUUGGAGGUUUUGGACCUGGGCAAUAAUCAACUGAUUGACGAAUUCCCGUGCUUCUUGAACAACAUAUCCUCCUUGCAAGUUCUCAUUCUGCGAGCCAACAAGUUCCGUGGAAGCAUCGGAUGUCACAACGCCAACAUCAAUGAAUCCAGCUGGGCAAAGCUUCAAAUAAUUGAUCUGGCUCACAACAGUUUCAGCGGUCAGCUACCAGGACGCAACUUCUUGACAAAUUGGAAGGCAAUGAUGUCCUCCCCGGAUGAAAAGCUCAGUCACCUGCAGAUUGCAGUUUGGAAAGAUUUGAAUUAUGUGGUCUCAACUGCAAUUACCAUGAAGGGUCAAGACACGCUUUUGGUGAAAAUCCUGACGGCCGAGACCUGCAUUGACUUCUCAAGCAACGAUUUCAAUGGGCCAAUUCCAGAGGAAUUUGGAGCUCUUAGAUUGCUCUAUGUUCUCAACUUGUCGAGUAAUGCAUUCUCAGGCCCAAUUCCAGGGUCCCUUGGCGAAUUACAAUCUCUGGAGUCAUUAGACCUCUCAUGGAACGAGCUCAGUGGCACAAUUCCCACAUCACUUGCAAGCCUUAAUUUCCUCUCGCAUCUCAACCUAUCCUUCAACAAACUGGUCGGGAUGAUUCCGUCUGGAACUCAGUUUCAAACAUUCUCGGCCAAUUCUUUUAUUGGAAAUCGAGGAUUGCACGGUUGCCCUUUGACCACAAACUGCACACCAGCAGAUCAUCAGAGUCCACCUUCCGGUGAUGACAAGUCCCAUUCAACACACUCUGAGUCGAAAAAGAUCGAUUGGGAUCUCUUAAGCGUUGAAAUCGGAUUUAUUGUUGGAUUCGGAAGUCUCAUCGGACCCCUUGUGUUUUGCAAGAGAUGGAGAAACUUGUAUUACGAAACAGCUGAGGAUGUUGCUUUCAGAAUCCUUCCCUUGGCUGUCACAAGGAAGUGGUUGUCAUGGACGACUACUCGUUAGGCGUUAGCUAUAAAAUGAUGCAUAUCUCCUACUUCAUGCAUGCUGUGGUUUGGAUGAUGAAAACUACUAAUUUUAUGACAUCAAGUAAUGUUAGUGUCUACUUUUGAUCUGUAACACAAGUGUUAUCCUGUCGUCAUACUUGCUAUUGUCAUUAAGAAUAUAUGUGAUGCAAUAAUAUAUUUAGUCUUAAUCAAGUUUCUAUCUUACAAUAAUAAACCAGAGGACGAAAUAAGCUAGUAGGAAUUGCUUGUAUUUGAGUGUCCUUGUCAUCCAACUGGAAGAAAUAAUAGAUGAUAAAACUCAGAACUUCUUAAAUCUU